GGGUCCCCGCACAGAAAAUGGCGGAGAGCCUGGUGCUGAACAUCGCGGCUGAGUUCAGCACCCUGCACCAGUUCCUCAACGAGGAGGAGCAGCAGAUGAAGGGGAGGCUGAAGGAGGACGUGGAGCGCAUCUCCCAGCAGCUGAGGGACAACCUGCGGAAGAUCACGGAGAAGCGGGCCUCCAUCGAACACACCAUCCUGGAGAUCCAGCAGCGGCUGGACGUGCAGGAGACGGCAUUCCUGGCGGAUGUGAAAUCCCUCAUUGAACGGUCGUAUGUGAAGUUCAAAAAGCCGGCUGAGGUCCCGCUAAAUCUUCUGCUGGGAGAGUUUGGCGGGCCGCUACAACUAAUCAUCUGGAGACGCAUGCUGAACAUUAUUAGCCCAGUGCCUGCGGCCCUGACCCUGGAGCCCAGCACGGCCCACCCCGAGCUGCUUCUGUCGACCGACUUGUGCGGUGUGUGCCUGGGUGACACGUGGCGGGAAGUGCCGGACAACCCGGAGCGUUUCGACGACUGCGUGAGCGUGCUGUCGGCGCAGGGCUUCUCGUCGGGCCGCCAUUACUGGCAGGUGGAGGUGGGGGGGAAGACCAUGUGGGACGUGGGGCUGUGCCGUGAGUCAGUCAGCCGCAAGGGCAGCAUCAUCCUCUCCCCGGACGACGGCUUCUGGACCAUCUGGCUGCGCAACGGCAGCGAAUACGAGGCCCUGUCCACCCCGUCGGCCCUGCUCUCCCUGCCCGCAAGGCCCACCACCAUCGGGGUGUUCCUGGACUACGACGGGGGCCACAUCUCCUUCUACAACGCUGACGACAUGUCCCUCAUCUACACCUUCUCCGACACCUUCAGCGAGAGACUCUUCCCUUACUUCAGCCCCGGAGAGAGCGACGGGGGGAAGAACGCACAGCCCCUGCGCCUCUGCGGCCUACGUCUGUAGGCCUCGGGUAUUUUUCACAGCAGAGAUGAACUAACACCCCCCAACCUCCCCUCACCGGUGCGGAUAUUUUCAUGCAGUACUUUGUACAGGACUUCCUUUUC